AAAAGGAACGCUAUUAUUAAUAUAGUACAUUCGUUACCAAAGAUAUCAGAGAACAGACACUGAGACUCACCCAUCACCUCAGCAGCUUACACAAGAUACAAGAUGAACAAGAUGAUAACAGUUGCAAUUCUCUUUAUUCUAAAGGGCUGCUUGAUUAUACAUGAUGCCAAAGCUGUACAUAUUCAUAAAGAGAAGGACAUGAUUGUAAAAGAUAAUGAGAAGGUUGUACAAGUCAUAACAGUACAAGGUGAUGAUAAAGAUCAAAUAAAAGAGGAUAAAGGGACUGUAGAGGAGAAUAGAGAGGUUGUAAAAGAUGAGAAAGAGGCUGUAGAGGAGAAUACAGAGGCUGUUAAAGAGGAUGAACAGGCUGUUCAAGAGGAUGUUACCACUGAACAAAAAGAAAGAGAGAAUCUUGGCAGGAAAAAUAUGGAGCUUGGUACCAUAGUUUUGAAAAGAAUGACCCAAACAAAAAAAUCUGACAUAACAACGGAGCAAAAUCCAAUGCAAACAGAGAUAAAAACUAAAGAAACUGAACAAGAAACUAAUAUGACAGAAAAGAAUAUGAGAAAUGAAGCUGACGCAAUCUUCAAUGUCAGUAACAUCUGGUCCAUCGAGUUCAUAAUGUCAAUGGUGGCUUGUUUUAUCCUGUUAGGUGCUGGAUGUGUAAUCUUACACAGCUACAUCAGAAUAGACGACAUGGGCGGCAAACUGGAUUCAAAACUAGAUUCAACAGAAGAAACAAAGCAGAUUCAUGCUAAUUUGGAUAUACUACUUCCAUGAAAUCUUCAAAGGGUCCUCGAUUUACCACUGUUCUAUACGUUAAGAUAACAGUAUGUAAAAACAAUAUGUAAUGACUUCUUGUGGUGACAUAAAAAAAAGGGAGUAAGUCCUAGUGCAGGAAGUAAGAGAUCUCAAAAGCUCCACUUGAUUAAAAUAUUCACCACUUUUCAUGUACAUAGACUGACAUAAUACAAGAAACAGAUUUUGGCACAGAGCAGCUCAAAAAAGACAAUUGAUUAUAUGUGUGCCUCCUGCUGGAAAUCAAAGUUGUUUUGAAGUUUAUUGUUGUAUAUAAACUGAAUAUUUUUGAAAUCCAUGCUUUAAUAGAUGCAUGAGCAAAAAAUUAACAUUGAUGAAUCUGUCAAACAGAAUAUUGAACAUAAUAAAAAAAUAUUAUAGCCAAA